CUUUGACCUCAUGAGUUGCAACAGGUUUUGACAGACUGGAAGUAGAUGGCAUUCCUGGGGAGGGUUAUCUGACUACACUGCAGUUCUGAGCAGAAACGCUGCCUCAUAUUGUCGCUACUUUCACACCGACUGAAAGUCCGACAGCUGAAGAGAAAUGGAGUGUCAAUGUGACAAGGACACCCCUGAGGAUGCAGGCUGGUGGAUGAAUGCCAACAGCGUCCAGAUGGGAGCUUUUACCGUAGUGGGGUAUCUUCUCUACAGAUUUUCACAGACACUCCCAGCUCUGAUCCGAUGGCCCAUUCGUCUGUUCUGCUCUGUAACGGGUCUGUCAGCUCUUUGGGGCUGGGUGAGCCGCCUGGUGGGAACUCUUCGUGUAAUCAAGAGCCUGUGCAAAUGGCUGUCUCGAGUUUGGAAGUUUUUUGCAGCGUCUUCCUCCAAGUUCAAGUGGCUGGUUGCUGUCAUCACAGGGUCAUCCACAGAUGGAGCACUGGAGUCAGGGACCAACAAACCAGGCCUGAGACUGAUCCUCCUGGGGCCCACAGGUGGAGGACGGACCUCUCUUGCAGAUACUUUGUUGGGCAACAGUGAGACAAGGGCACCCAUGGGUCCCUUAAUGGAGAGCAUCAAGAGAAGGACAGUAGUGGAUGGUCGAGAGAUUAUAUUGAUCGACACUCCAGAUCUUUUGGGGCUGUCACUGGGGAACACCAAGAGAGCCAGGGAAGCUCUGAGGAGCCUUCAGCUCUCCAGUCCUGGACCACACGCCUUCCUGCUGGUGAUCCGAGCUCCAGGCUCCAGCAUGGGGAUGGACCAGGAUGCAGCUCAGGCAGUCCGAGCCACUCUUGAGCUGUUUGGUGACGGGGUCGUGGGGCACGUCAUUCCAGUGCUCACCCAUGCAGACCGUCUGGGUCGAAAGCAUAGUGUAGAUCAGCUGCUGGAUGCAGACUCUGGGGGUCUGAAGAGGGCUCUGUCUCUAUGUGACCAAAGGCCAGAGUUGGUGGACAACAGACCAGACUGCCCCCCAGGGGCACGGGGCGUGACACGCAGGCAGCUGGUGGAACGUGUGAUGGAGAUGAAGACACUUAGGGGGCAUUUCAUCCAUGAGCUGCAGAGGAGUGAGGACCGCAUCAGGGAGGAGCUGCUGGCAGACAUGGGCUCUGCACUGGCUAGAAAACUGGGACACAUGUAAAUAAGAGAGGGAGAAGGAGAGAGAGAGUGUGUGAGAGUUGUUGGGGCAGUGAAAAAAUAAGGGGGCAGGAUUCAUGCAAGUGUUAAACAUGCAAUUUUGACUUUAAGUGCAAGGGUGAUUCUGUGCCUGAGGUAUUUUUGUCACUCCUGGUUUACCACUGUCCAAAUGAAUUUACUACCGCUGGACGGCUUUCGGUUUUCAACAUGCCGCAGAUGCUUUUGGUUAGUUAUUAUGCCCACACACACUUAAUUUUCCUGUUUUGAUGUGUUGUAAUUCUUCAGUGUCUGUAUAUUCUCUUGUUCAGGCCUCAUGUUUUCUUACUCUGCUGCGGUGCAUGGCCCUCCCCUGUCUUUCAUAAUUUAUAGGAGAUAUCAAACUUUAAAGAUGAUCAUGGAAAAUAAACUGAAGUCACACUGGGACUAGAGUUCAGCAGGA